AUGGUUCGAGAAGGGAUUGUGCUUGGACACAAGAUUUCCGAGAAAGGGAUCGAGCUCGAUCGAGCUAAGGUGGAUGUCAUGUUGCAGCUCCCUGUUCCCAAGACUGUGAAGGACAUAAGGAGUUUUCUGGGUCAUGCAGGGUUCUACAGAAGAUUCAUCAAGGAUUUCUCAAAGAUAGCAAGACCCUUGACAAGGCUUCUGUGCAAGGAGACAGAUUUUGAGUUUGAUGAAGAAUGCCACAAGUCUUGGACCUUGCUGAAGGAUGCUCUGGUAUCUGCGCCAAUAGUUCAAGCUCCAAACUGGGAUCACCCAUUUGAGAUUAUGUGUGAUGCAUCUGACUAUGCAGUAGGAGCAGUGCUUGGCCAAAAGAUAGACAAGAAACUCAAUGUCAUCUACUAUGCAAGCAAGACUAUGGAUGAUGCUCAGUGCAAGUAUGCAACCACAGAGAAGGAGCUCCUUGCCAUAGUCUUUGCCUUUGAGAAAUUUCGAAGCUAUAUAGUUGGAUCCAAGGUGAUUGUGCACACUGACCAUGCUGCCCUUAGGCACAUCUUUGCUAAGAAAGAUACAAAGCCAAGACUUCUCAGAUGGAUCCUUUUGCUUCAAGAGUUUGACAUAGAAGUUGUGGACAAAAAGGGAAGUUUUGAUGAGAAAGUCAGGCUGGAAGAAGUUAAGGCUCUGCGUGAUGAGAAUUUGCCAUGGUAUGCUGAUAUAGUGAACUUCAUGGUGUCCGGAGAAGUCCCUAGUAGUUUUGAUGCUUACAAGAGGAAGAAGUUCUUCAAGGAUGCUAGGCAUUACUAUUGGGAUGAGCCUUACUUGUACAAGAGAGGACCAGACAGCAUUUACAGAGAUGCAUAG